AUGGGCUUAAGGCAGAACAAUCAAGGGUUCCGUCCACAGUCGAGGGCACCACCGGCGCAACCAAGGGUGAAUCAUGAUCAACCUCAGCGACAACAACAACCUCGCCGCCCAAGACUUCCCUCCCAGGCUAGAACAUAUGCGCUAAGUUCUAAACAACCCAAGACUGAACAAGGGAGUCACGAGAACGGAUACCUGACGGGUAUGGGCGAAGUUCUCGAUACACCUAUUGUUGUGUUGUUUGAUACGGGCGCAUCGCAUUCUUUCAUAUCAGAACUAUGUGUGGACACAUUAAGUUUGCCAGUUACUAAAUCUGAACAUGAGAUGAUGGUGACCUCACCGGUGGGAGGGGUAAUAGAGAUUUCUCGAAUAUGCUCGGACAUAGAAAUUGUUAUGGGGGAACUUAGGCUAGUCGCACACAACUUACAAGUUAUGGCCGUGAAGGAUGUCGACGUAAUCUUGAGAAUGGAUUGGUUGACUGCGAAUUUUGCUACUAUUCGAUUGGUGAGGGCACCUGAAACAGAGGAAGCGCGAAUCGCCACUUUAGCUGUUGAACCUGACCUAAGGUCAAGAAUUAUUGAAGCACAACGGAUGGAUGCGAAAUUGGAGGAAAACUCAUGUGGAAGUGCGAACCGGCAGAUCGGGGAAUUUUAG